GUGACACAAAGAGAAUUAACAGAUUCAGCGUAAAAAUCCCUGCAAACACGCUCAUAAACGAGAAUCAUGGAAUGCAGAAUAUUUCUUCUUCUGUUCUCAGGACUCUGUACACUGUCCUCAUGUUUCCCUCAUCUAUAUCACUUUGUGAACAUGAAUAAGAGCUGGAAUGAAGCACAGAGUUACUGCAGAAAGAACUACACUGACCUGGUUACCAUUAACAACCCAGAGGAAAUGAACAGAGUGAUUAACAGUGUAAACCUCACUGGUUAUACUGGACCAGCCUGGAUAGGACUGGAGAAGGGAAACUCGUGGAAGUGGCAGUGGUCUCUGGAAGAGAGACGUCUCUACAGUGAUGGACAGACUGAGUUCUCAAACUGGGACAGUGGGGAACCAAACAAUCAUGGUGGGAAUGAGAACUGUGUGGGGAUGAGAGACACUGGGAAAUGGAAUGAUAUUCCCUGUGCCUCUAAAACUCCCACAGGAUUCUUUAUUUGUUAUGAUGAGAGAAAACAAACCAACCAGAAAUACAUCUUCAUUAAUCAAAAUAAUACGAACUGGACGGAGGCACAGAGAUACUGCAGAGAGAAUCACACAGACCUGGUCAGUGUGAGGAACCAGACUGAGAAUGAUCUCAUACACAACAUGUUUCCAAGUAAAACCUGGGUGUGGAUCGGUCUGUACAGAGACUACUGGCAGUGGUCAGACCAGAGAAACUCCUCAUUCCGCUACUGGGCACCAGGAAAACCUGAUAAUAAUACUGGGAAUGAGAACUGUACUGUAGCCUCGUUCACACAGACACUCAAUGGAACGUGGGAUGAUCGACAGCGUGGUGAAAAUCACCCGUUCCUGUGUUACGAUGGUGAGUUGAGUCAGAUUCACAACUUGUAA